AUGGACUUCUCUGGAACCUGGAAAGUCUAUGCUGAGGAAAACCUGGAGGAGUUUCUCAAAGCAGUCGGUGCACCUGAGAUGGUUGUAAAAAUGCGUAAAGAAAUUAAGCCAACGAUCAUAAUAGAACAAAAUGGCAAAGACUUCACCUACACCAUAAAAACUCCAGUUCGCACCACAGUCAACUCCUUCAGCAUUGGAAAGGAGUCAGAGAUCACUGGACCGGAUGGACGCAAGUUUAAGUGCACAGUCAAAGAGGAAAAUGGGAAACUGAUUACAGAAUCAGACAAAAUCACCUCUGUCCGAGAGAUGCAGGGAGAGGAUAUGGUGGAGAAAGUGACUACAGGCUCUGUAACAUUCAUCAGCAAAAGUAAACGAGUUUAA